CCAAUUAACCGUCGGAUUAGAAUCGACAUCGUCAAUACAGGCCAACACUAAACAUUUGGAUUCCAAUUCGGCAGUUCAAAGAGCGUUCUCAUGUAAGCAUUACUUCUGCUUUUGCGCUAAAGUCUGAUAUUUGCCUCAUAGUCUCUAUGUCCUAUCGCUCUUUUUCUUCUCCUCUCUCGUUUCUCUCUGCCGAAGGAAACGGAUAAAACGGAAACUCUGAAUCGUGGUUAUAUCCAACACAGUCGCCCUAUCCCUUCCCAUUACAGCUUCCAUCGCAAGUUUCCUGUUUCCCACCACUUGUUCUUUGUACGAUUCCUUUUUCAUGCGCUCCAUGCUUCGAUUAUCUGACACUCUUGGGGUUGAGGAGCCAUUGAAUAUGUUGCAGAUAAUACUUUGCGAGUGGGAAUACCUUAAUCAAGUGUUCGGCAGAGAGUCAUAGUAAUUGACAAACUUGUCAUGGAUGGAUUCACAAAUCUCCUUGCGAUGGUCUCCAGUAUGCAUGAAGAAGAGGGAAGAUACUCCUCAAUAAGGAUCAGAAAGGCGCAUCGUACUAUUUUCUAAAAUUCUGCCAAAAAACAUUAUUGCUAUUUUAGGCACUUACCGAAGAAUGGCAGCUGGUCAGCAGAAAAGGCGAUCGAAUGCUGGCAAUGUUGUGUGUUGUUAUUUGCAGGAGCAGUAUAGAGCAAGAAAGAGGAAGAAUCCGAAAUCAACACAGAAUCUAGUGGAGAUAGACUCUCACAUUGCUCUUAAGUUGGUUGAAAGUCAAGUGAAUCCUAUUGCCAGGAGGGAACAGAUUGGGAUAUCUUGGAGGGACUUGGAUCCUUUUAUUGAGUCUGCUCCUCAUCGCUACACACCCUUAGCAGAUGUUCUUUCUCUUCCUCAGGAAAUUUUUGAGUUAGAGAAUCUGACAAGGGUGCUUUCAUAUGAGGUUUGGGAGAUGAAUCUAUCCGAAACUGAGAGAAAUUUUCUGACUCAGUUUCUUCCUCAAGGGAUGGAUCAAGAGCAAGUUUUGCCUGCGUUGCUCAAGGGGGAAAACUUUCAUUUUGGAAAUCCUUUCCUUAAGUGGGGGGCUUCACUUUGUUCUGGCAAUCUUCACCCAGAUGCUGUUCUUCACCAGGAACAUUGUUUCAAGGCCAAUAAGAGGGCAUACUACCUGGAGUUACAGAAUUAUCAUGAUAAUAUUCUGGAGAAUCUGCUUAACUUGAAAGAGAGAUGGGCUAGCGGCAAGGAUCCUGCAAAGCAUAUUGUUCAGAAGACAUGGAAGAAAGGAUUCCUCGUGGACAGUCAGGGGAAUUCAUUAGCUGUUUCAGAGAGAACAAGGGCCAUAGCAAAUUCCAAGAAGGAACAAAAACCAAACAAAUUUCACAUUCGAUCUGGCGAUGGUGCCAAGUAUAUGUCUUAUUUCAAGAUUAGCAGGAAGCAGCAUCGACUUGUCAAGAGGAUGAAGCAAUCUGGCGAUGGAAUUCAGUCCAAGUCUCUUAAUCGUGUAUUGGGUGACAUUGAUAGUUUCCAUGUACAACCAUACAAAACAUUCGAGGAGGAAGAAAGGAAGAAGUUGCACGACUACUGGUUGGUGUUGGCAAAAAGAGAUCUCCCAGCAGCUUUCUUAGACUGGAAAGAGAGACAGUUAAAGCAGCAACAGUGGAGGUGUUCCUUGAAGCAAGAGAUAGUAGAAAAGAAAAAAAAAUCACUGGAAGAGGAAGAAGAGAGGGAUUAUUGUGAUGACAUGGUUGCCAGACAAAGAGGAAAUGGAGAAACAGAAAAUGAACCUAGCAUGGAUAUGCAGAGCUCAGAAGAUGAUGAUGAGUCUGUUCUUCUAUCAGCACACUAUCAGCCUCUGAACCGAAUCCCUUCACUUGAUGGUCACCAUGAUCCCAUGGAGACACAUUCUGAAGAGGGCAGUCAAGAAAUCUUGAAACCUGACGGUGCCCCUCCAAAUAUGUCAGAGUUUUUAGGAAACAUGAAUCCUACAGAAGGUGCCGUUUUGCAUGAAGUUGAGGAGUCUUCUUCUAAAGAUGUAUGGCCAGUCAUUGGCACUCCAGAUUUGCACUGCCAUUCUAAUUCUGUAAGCCAAGGAUAUCCAUUUGUCAGUGAGUUGUCACUCCAACAACCAAAGCCUAUGGAAGAACAGGCAACUGGCUUGAUUGAUUUAGAAUCUGACAUGGCUGAGCAAGAUGCCAAGGAAGCAUUGCAGCAUGGACCAUCCAAUUUUGUGGGGCCAGCUUUGCAUAUGAGCAAUGGUGGGUCAUUCAUUGGUUCUUACACCAACGAAGAUUGCAAUGGGCUGCUUCAACCAAUUUUCAAGGGCCAGGGAUUCUUGCCAUCUUACUCUCAUGAGCACAAACAACAACCAAUGUUACAGUUUUUGGCAACAAAUAAUGCAGCACUGGAAACUGGUCAUCUUCCUAGGCAUUUCCAGGAGCAGCAGCAGCAGUUGUUGGAUCAGAGGGAGAUGAGAGAGAAAGAGCUCUACAUGCGGCAGGUCAUCCAGAAGAGCAUGUAUUCAGGUGGGAAUAGAUACCCUGUUCCAGGCCGAGAACUCUUCUCACUGGUCGAACAGCAGGGUUGGGCCGCUGAUUCUGCACACAUAUCAACCCCCAUCCAGUCUCACAUGGCUGUUGAGGGAUUGUUGGAACAGAACUUGUUUCAGGAUGAGCAUCGGGCUUAUGGUGGCUGGUCUGCUCUGGAUGUUUCUAGCUCCUCAGGACGGUGCCUGGGAAAUGGAAGCGGUGCAGAUGAAAGCCUAUUCAGUGUGCUUUCCCAGUCCAACAAAUUGCAGCCCCAUUCUUACAGUCAGGUGAGACUCACAGAACAGUAUACUCCUGGAAGGGCCUUUAUGGGUGGGGGAAUGAUAGGAAACAGUGAUGUAUUCCCUCAAAUGGCCCACCAACUUAAUUACUUUAGUCGUGAAGCAACUGCUACUGCUAUCCGGAAAGUAAAUAAUAUGCCGUGGAUGAAUACACAGCAUCAGGGUGCUGGUAUACAUGAUUCAAUCGGGAAAUCGUCAUUUUUGAGCAACUGGGAUCAAUAGGGAGGAUCCUGUGUAGCCAUGGAUUCAAGUUGCCAGUACAUGAAUGUGGUUCAAGGCAACAUAGGCAUGUUGAUAUACAAUGCAGUGUUUCAGGGCAAGCAAUGGAGAGGAUCUUUUGUAUCCCGACAUUCCAGUUACAGUGCAUCAAUGUGGUUUAAGGUAUGAUAGGCAAGAUAAACAAUGACCCUUUUUCUUGUUGAAAUAGUGUAAAGCAAGUUGAACAAUGACGCAGAGUCCGUGAGGUGAAGCAGUCUGUAGCCCCAGUAAUUGAUCAUUCUUUGGGGUAAGGGUGAAGUAAAGAGAGUUAGAAAGUCUGGAAGCUGAAGAUGCAAAGCAUGGACGGCAAGGUUCUGUACAAAUUUAUACAAUUAGUCGGCCCAACUCCGGAUAUUUAUUUUGAGGGUGGGAUUGGGAAUUGGGGUAAAAUUAUGUCCAUGAUGAAGGAAUAAUGGAGAACUCAAUUCUGUUGGAAAUAAGCAGCUUAUACUUGUGCAA